UUUAGGCAGUAGAUUAUUUUUUGUGGCUAUGAAAUCUUCAAAUCUAAAUGAGCAAACACAAGGACAUGAUGUUAGAGAAUAUGAGGUGGAUGAGAAAAUCAAUUAUGUUGAUUUUAAUGAAGUUAAUGAUGGAGGGGAUAAUGUACACGACUUGGAUUUUAAUGUGGAGCUUAAUGAUGAUGCCAUACAAAAUGAAAAUACAGAUGUUGGAGAUGAAAAAGGUGAUGAUGAGAAGGAAUGUGAAAAGAAUGAUGAUCAAGACCAAUUUCAAAGGAAGAAAAGAAAGAGGGUAUCAAAAGCACACGCUGAUUUUAGUGAAGUUACUGCAAAGGAUGGAAGUAUAAAGCUAUAAUGUACACAUU